UGUUGCUGAGAGUUCAAAGGUUAGCUUGUUAUGUAGCCAUUUAGCUGAAGAGGGGUGUGUUAUCUGCUGAUUUUUACAGCUGUGGUUCUUGUUUAAACCUAAUGCGAAAUUCGAUAAUGCACUUAACCUGCGCAAAGGUGUCGUCGCUUGUUUAUUUGACCUAUUGUGUCCAUUUGUACGAAUGCUUUGAGCGCUGACGUUCUGUUCAUGCUAGCUCAGUAGCUCCCUAGCUAGCAAGCUAGCUAACAUAGUGACAAGUGUUUUCCUAAAUGACAUAUUUGAUUAAAAUAUGACUUUGUAGCUGCACAGACAGCUGCGGGACGAUUUAAGUGGGCUCUGCCCGAGCUAUGGCAUCAACCAGGCUUCUGUGUUUGUUCAGCUCGAAAGUAGCAGGCUCGACCAAAACAUUAGCCAGAGCUGGAUGGAGUGUGGGCUUCAGGAGAAAUGUCUGCAGUUCACCUUCAAGACUUCAGAGCUGUAUGUCAGCGUGGGUCAUUGAUCAGUACGGUACUAAUGGGGUUUUGAAGUUCACAGAAGAAAUCGCCGCCCCCACUGUAAGUUGUCCCACUGAGGUGAUGAUUAAAAUCCAUGCGGCUAGUCUGAACCCUCUUGAUAUAUCUAUGAGGGGUGGUUACGGGGCUAAAUUACUUAAACUGAGAAGGGAUCCAGUGUCUGUGAUGGACAGUGAUAGUGAGUUUCCUCUAAUACUGGGUCGUGAUUUGUCUGGUGUAGUGGUGGACUGUGGAUCUGAGGUCACCCAUUUUGUUCCAGGAGAUGAGGUGUGGGCUGCUGUUCCGCCAUGGAAACAAGGCAGUCUGGCAGAAUUUGUGACUCUAACAGAGUAUGAGAUUUCCCACAAACCAAAGUUAUUGAGUCACACGGAGGCAGCGUCCAUCCCCUACGUAGCCAACACUGCUCUGUCUGCUCUUGUCAAUGCAGGUGGUCUCUGCAGAGACAGCUCUUCAAAUAAAAGAGUUUUGAUCACUGGAGGAUCAGGAGGUGUUGGAACAUUCUCUAUUCAGUUAUUGAAGGCCUGGGGCGCCCACGUAACCGUUACAUGCUCUCAGAACGCCGAAGGCCUCGUUAGAGGGCUGGGGGCUGACGAGGUGGUGGACUACACAGCGGGAGAUGCGACUGAGCAACUACAGAUGAUGGAGAAGUUUGAUGUGAUUUUAGACAGUGUGGGUGGAGAAACAGAGCAGUGGGCGAUGGGCAUGCUGAAGCCCUGGUCUGGGGCAAAGUAUGUCACGCUGGUUACACCGUUACUCUUCAACAUCGAUUCCCUGGGCCUGCUGCACGGGACAGUAGAUGCUGGAUGCACCUUGCACACUAAGGCCAUACAGAACAUGAUAUCAAGUGGAGUCUUCUACCGGUGGGGCUUUUAUGCUCCAGAUGGGCCUGCCCUGGAUGAGGUCAGCAAGCUGGUGGAUGCAGGGAAGAUCCUGCCAGUUGUGGAGGCUCAGUUUCCAUUCAUUCAGGUUCCCCAGGCGUUUCAGAAGUUGGAGGAAGGUCACGCCAGAGGGAAGACAGUAGUCAGGGUGGCUGAAGAGGACGACAGACAGGCGGAAGAGUUCGUGCAGAACAGUCACACAGAGACCUCAGUGAAGCAAACAGCAGGGCAACAUUAGAGACACUAAGCAGAGUGCUGUGAUUCUUCUCACCUUUUGAAGGGAGCUCUUAACAGCCGCAGACUGUAUUAUUGAAAGAGAUCAAAGGUGCAGACUACAAGCGUGACCUGAAUUUGUCAAGGGUGGUGCCAAAGGCUUUUUACUCAACGUGCUGGAGUUAUACUGGGUUGUUUCUUUUUAGGUAAUUUCUAACUAAUGAAGGUCAUUCAGGUUGGCUUCCAGGUUGUAAUUACAACCACAGAGCUUUCUGGGAACUCUCUGACUGCUGCAAUGUGUCAAACAAGGAAAUAUAAUCAAAAUGUAUGUUACAAACACAGCCAGAAAUGUUUAUCAAAAGAUGUUUUUAGCCUCCAUCUUGACGUCAGCAUGGGAAUGUCUCCCACCGUUAUGUUGCAUCUCGCACUGUGUGAACGCAACAUGCAGUAAAUGAGCUGAACAAAAGCGAACCAUCCAACAUUUGUUGAAACCAAAUUAAGUUAAACUUAUUAUUACAUUGCAUUCAGUGUGUGUAUUGUUGUGCUGCUCAAGCUACUGUACAAUAUGUUUGAGAAAUGUAUUGACAAAACUAUUUUUAUUAUUAUGAAAAUAAGAGUUGUAUGCUGUAUGGUUUUGAUUAAACAAAGAAUAAAAGAACAGGCAGAACCUCUUUCAAGAACAGAACCUUUCAGUAGAGACUAUUUUUGUUUCAUCAUGUUUUAUGCAGGAAAGGCUAUCAUAUAUAAAAUGCCAUUGCAUAGAAAGAUACAGUAUGCUUUAACACUGUUUAAGUUAAUUAACAUCAGGCAAACAGAUUCAUUCAAAAAGACAGAA